AAAUAACUUUUACUGCUCCAAGCAUGUUCUAAACAAUUAAGUCUUGGGUUCGAUUGUCAAUAGAUUGUGUCCUUGAAAAUAUUAAUUUCUGCUUUUCGCUUCGUAUAAUUCUAAUAUAACUGUAAUAGUAACUCAGUGAUUUAAAAUCAAAAUAGUGUCUUCAAUCUUAUUAAAAUAAUAAUUAAUAUGACUCCACUAAAAGAUACAAAAGAAAAAUUGGUAAAAGCAGCUAGAAAUUGUCAGCAAAAUUUUUAUGAAUUACUCAGCGACUGGAAUAUUUACGAUCAAAAGAAACCAUAUCAUUUAAAAAAUUUUAUUGGCACUGCACUUUUUGGUCCACCGCAAAUUAAUCAAUUAACAAUUGAUGCAACAUGUUUUUUUGAAAAACAUUUAAAUGAUGAAUUUUUUUUUCACGAUACACAACAACGACAAAUAAUUGACAAGAUAUAUGAAAAAAUUGUACGCCAUGGAAUUCAAAAUACACGUGAAAAAGAAAUAAUGUGUGGAUUAAUUUAUAAUGUGAUAUUUGAUACAUCAACGGAAUGUUGUAAAUAUUUUAGUGAUGAACAUGUUAAUAAAUGUUUACAACCAAUACCAAUAUUUAAAGUUUUAAAAAAUAUUGUUAAACAAACUGAAAAUGGAAAUAUAGUGACGACAAAAUUAGAGACCUACUAUAUUGACGAUUGUGAACGAGUUUACAAAAGUUGGAAGGAUUAUUUAAAUUAUAAUAAUUUGCCACAGUGUUUUAUGGUGGUGCCAAAAUUAGGCGAAUAUCAAGGUGAUUAUAGAGAUCAAUGGUCGGAAAAAAUUUCCUAUGUUUCUAUUGAAAUGUAUAAAUCGCCAUCGUGUAAUGCAAAGAUAAUUAAUAAUAUUGAUAAGAUUAAUAGAUUUGUUGGUUUGGGUUGUGCUGGAGUUGGACUUGCAGCU